AUGCUUGACCUCACGGAAGCCGCUUGUGGAUGUAAUAAAUGGUGUCGGGAUCACGAUUCUAAAUGGGGGAAAUGCGGUGAUGGGCAUACGUGUCUUUGUUCCAACGGUUCACAGGAAGACAUGACGAAUGGUCAAUCAGCAAAUGGUUGUGGAUGCAAUAAAUGGUGUCAGGAUCAGGGUCAUAAAUCUGGGAAAUGUGGUGAUGGACAUACAUGUAUUUGUGACGAACGGAAAAAUAUACCAACCUUACCCGCACCACCCGCAACAUGGAAAGAACAUUGGUUCGAACAUCGUGAACUGUUGACGAGAGUAUAUUACGACAACGAUUUAGCACUUUACUAUGAAAAAGAAGUUAGUCGUGCAACAAUUCCAAAGGUAUCUAAAUUUCUUGGAAAUGCAUGGCGUUAUGUGAAACGAAACUAUGGUUCCUUUGGAAGCGAUGGUAGAUUGUAUGCAAUAUAUCAUGCAAAGGCCAUUGGUGGUCAUCCAGCAUACUACUAUAGUUCCAGUCACGAUAAUAGGAAUGCCAUUGAUGUUGGUAUGGGAUCGGGAUUACAGCAGAUUGAGCAUCCAGAUAUGCCAACCCACGAAAUCUUUCAUAUCGUUGAAUUUGCUGCAUUCAACAUCGAUGGAAGUCCUGGUUUUGGCAAUCCACCCAACGGUAUCUGGGGCGAUAGUAAAAUGGCAGAAAUAUUUAUCUACGAUGUUUACAAAGGUUUAAGUUUACAUUCGGAUGCAAAAAGAUUUAAAAAUUCGGUUAUUGGAGGAACAAGCAACGUACCAAAACCGAAUACAUAUUGGUUUCGUGAUUGGCUGUUACCAUGGUACACAAAAGGGGGAGGAACGAAGUCGUUAGUUAACUUUUUCAGACUUCUUUCACAAAAUUUUCCAAAGCACAGUGGAACAAAUCGUUAUAGUCGUCAAAUGAAUUGGGGCGAAUUUAUACAUUUUUCAAGUGGUGCUGCUGGUGCAAAUAUGAAAAAUCAGGCGAAGAUCGCAUUUGGAUGGACAAAUGAUAUGGAAAAGCAAUUUAAUAAGGCACGCAGUGAUUUUCCCAAUGUUAAGUAUUAA